CAAAUAAUGGAGCAAAAUAGUAAUGAUCAGUUUAACGCUGAUGAAUUGGAGGCCCCAAAAUGGCUUACCAAGGAGUUCAUUACCAAAGUUUUGAGCCAAUAUGAGAAUAAACCUCAACUAGAAGUACUCAAUCUGAAAAUAUCACCUGCGAGUGCCAAGGGAGAUCAUUAUGCAAGUGUAAUGUUCCGUGCUUCAGUCGAUUACAAGUCAGGGGAGAACAAAUUGUUCAAAUCGCUGAUUAUCAAAACAAUACCUGACCAGGACGGACACAAAAAGGAUAUAUUGAGCGCAGCACCGGUCUUCAAAACGGAAAUUGGCAUGUACGGCAAAGUAUUGCCCAAAUUUGAGAAAAUUCUUCAACAAGUGGGUGAUACGACGAAACUUUAUGUGCCCUGCAUCUACCAGAAUAUGGAGCCUCGUCAGGUUUUGAUAUUUGAUGAUUUAAUUCCACUUGGUUACAAAGUAAUGCGGGGUCGUGAAGCAACGUUCAAGGAGCUGCAGUGUUCUCUGUCUAAGCUGGCCAAGUGGCAUGCAGUUAGCAUGAAAGUCCAGAACGAGGAACCAGACUUUUUGAAGGAAUUUAAACAUGGAAUGGUAGAGAUGCCUAAUUUUGCAGAAGAGCCAAUGGUUUCCAUGGGAAUGGAUAACUUUCUGCAAUUCUUAAAGAGUCACCCCACCUUGGCCAAAUACAUACCACACUUUGAGAAGAUGAAAGGGAAUUAUCUGCAACACCUAUAUAAUUACAUGACAGAGCAUCGCAACAAUCGUCGUGCGGAUGGCUAUUAUGUCCUUUGUCAUGGGGACUUUCAUCUUAGAAAUAUGAUGUUUAAGCACGAUAAGGAAACAGGUAAUCUUCAAGAUUGCAUGCUUCUGGACUUUCAGAUGUGUAAUCUGUGUCCCAUCACUGUUGACGUUGUAUAUGCCAUCUACAUGUUAAUGGGCCCAGAACAACGGGCUAAAGAUUGGGAGAAUCUAUUAAACUAUUACUUUUCCAUAUUAUUGGAAACUUUGAAGAAAAUUGGCUAUAAAGGUGAUUUUCCCACUUCAGAUGGAUUUUGGAAGCAAAUUUAUCGAUCAAAAUAUUUUGAUUUUUUCAUGGUUUCCACACUCUUGCCUAUGAUUUGGGCUAUGAAGGUACAAAGCAUUGAUAGAUCUGAGGUGGUUCAGAAAAACGAGUCUCGCCAGAAAUGUUACGAGAUUCCAGGACUUGUGGAAGAUAUGAGCAUUAUAUUAGCUCGAUUCGAGAGGCUUGGCUAUUUUGAAAAUCUUUAAAACUAAAAUUAAUAUUUUUAAUAAUAAAUAAAA